AUGGUCGAGUCCACGCGGCUCUACGACAUCCUCGGCGUGGCGCCCGACGCCUCCCCCGCCGACAUCAAAAAGGCCUACCGCAAGCAGUCGCUGGCCAACCACCCGGACAAGAACCCAGACCUGCCACCCGAGGAGUCCAACCAACGCUUCGCAGAGAUCAACCACGCGUACGAAACGCUCAUCGACGACGACUCGCGCGCCGCCUACGAUCGAUACGGCGAAGAUACCCCGGGCAUGGGCGGCCCGGGCGGUCCUGCAGACAUGGACGACUUCCUCGCCAGCAUGUUUGGAGGUAUGGGCGGCAUGGGUGGCAUGGGUGGCAUGGGCGGCAUGGGCGGGGGACCCAGGACCCGGCGGCGAAAGACUCGCGGAGAAGACGCAGUGAUCCCCUACACCGUCACCCUCUCGGACCUCUAUACGGGAAAGACGGCACACUUCAACAUGACCAAGAACGUCCUCUGCUCGUCGUGCCAAGGCACCGGCGGCCGCCCGGGAGUCGUCGAAAAGGAGUGCGUCAAGUGCUCUGGCCAGGGGCGCGUCCUCAGCCAGCGCUCCAUGGGCAACGGCAUGAUCGCCCAGAGCUGGGCCGAGUGCACCGACUGCAGCGGCCACGGUAAAAAGAUCCGCGACAAAGAUCGCUGCAAGCGCUGCAAGGGCGAAAAGACGACAAAGGCAAAGGCAAAGCUCGACGUCGAGAUACAAAAGGGCAUGGUCGAUGGGCAACGGAUCGUCUUUGAGGGCGAGGCCGAUCAGGAGCCCGACGUCAAGCCGGGUGAUAUCAUCAUCCAGCUCCAGCUCAAGCAGCACGAGUCGUUUGAGCUAAAGGGGCUCGACCUCCUCACCACGGUCCGACUCACCCUCUCCGAAUCGCUGCUUGGUUUCUCCAGGACCGUCCUCUCGCACCUCGACGGCCGCCACAUCCACGUUACGCGCUCCUCGAUCACCCGGCCCGGCGACAUCGACGUCGUCAAGGGCGAAGGCAUGCCCCGCUAUCAAGACCGCUCCCAGUUCCGAGGCGACCUCUACAUCCGCUGGGAAAUUGACUUCCCCACAGAUGCCCAGCUUCGCCUCUCGGAACCCUUCCAGGCACCCUCGUCCAAGGCCAGCGUGGCAGAGGUCCUCGCGAGCCUCCUACCGCCCAAACGGCCUGACCUCGAAAAGAAGGACGAUACCAUCGAAGAUCCCGUCGAGCCUGUGCCCGCCAAAAUCGAGCAGUUUGGCAGCAACACCGCCAGAGCCACAGGCGGCCGUGACGACGAUGACGGAUGGGAGGACGAGGACGACUUCGGGCAAGGUGGCGGACCUGGCGUACAGUGCGCGCCCCAGUAG